AUGAAGUACGCCCUCUUCACAGGCUUGCUAGCAAUUGUUGGUGUCAAUGGUCGGAUCGCCUCAAGCACGUACCACAUCGAUGAUCUCAGCGAGACCGUCGAGCAUCUUCGUGAGGUGCCAGAGGGAUGGACAGAAAUUGGUGUCCCAGCUAUCGACCGCAAGUUACAUUUCCGCAUUGCGGUCCGUUCGGAAAAUCGCGCUUUGUUUGAGAGGACUCUCAUGGAAGUUUCCACACCAAGUCACCCUCGCUAUGGCAAGCAUCUAAAGCGAAACGAGCUCAAAGAUCUCAUCAAGCCGCGAGCAGAAUCUACCAGUGCAGUCCUCAAUUGGCUCAAACAGUCUGGUGUAGAUGAUAGAGACAUUCAGAAUGAUGGCGAGUGGAUAAAUUUCUACGCUCCUGUAAAGCGCGCUGAAGAGAUGAUGGGCACAUCAUUCAAGACUUACCAGAGCGAGAUUCGUCCAACAAUCAGGAAGAUCCGAUCAUUAGGUUAUUCGGUACCGAAAGGGAUCCGUAGCCACAUCGACAUGAUCCAACCUACAACUCGUUUUGGUCAGCUCCAGCCCGAACGUAGCCAGGUCCUCUAUAAAGAAACUGCGCCAAUUUCUAUCGCGGCGAUCAACGCAAGUUGCAACACCGCGAUAACGCCCGCUUGUCUCGCCGAUUUGUACAACUUUGCAGAGUACAAAGUGAGCCCGGAAGCCAAUGUCACAAUCGGCGUGAGCGGCUUUCUUGAGCAAUACGCGCGCUAUGCGGAUCUUGAGCAAUUCUCGAGGCUAUACUCUCCUGCUACGGUUGGAAGCACUUUCGACUUCACAUCCGUAAAUGGUGGUAUCAACGACCAGAACGCCACCGACAGCAGUGUUGAAGCCAACUUGGAUAUACAGUACACUGCUGGUUUGGUUGCGCCCGAUAUCGCGACCAACUUCUACAGCACCCCAGGCCGUGGAGAGCUCGUACCUGAUCUUGAUCAACCAACCAUCAACGAUAAUUCAAAUGAGCCCUAUCUUGAAUUUUUCACCUACCUUGUUGGCCUAGAAGAUGAACAGCUGCCCCAAGUGCUCACAACGUCAUAUGGUGAGGACGAACAAAGCGUUCCUGUGGCGUAUGCGAAGAAAGUUUGCGAUAUGAUCGGACAACUUGGCACUCGUGGAGUCUCAGUCAUCUUCUCUAGCGGUGAUACGGGGGUUGGCUCGGCUUGCCAGACAAAUGACGGCAAAAACACAACUCGUUUCCUGCCUAUAUUCCCAGCUUCUUGCCCAUUCGUCACUUCUGUCGGAGGAACCAUCCGCGUUGAGCCCGAGAAGGCCGUGGACUUCUCCUCUGGCGGGUUUUCAGAUAUCUGGGGCCGUCCUUCAUAUCAAGACAAUGCUGUUAAGGGCUAUCUACAUAAGCUCGGUGGUCAAUGGAAAGGUCUAUAUAAUCCUGAAGGCCGUGGGUUCCCAGAUGUUGCAGCACAAGGGCAAGGCUUCCGCGUCAUUGACAAAGGCAGAUCAAUCUCUGUUGGAGGAACCAGUGCUUCUGCGCCCGUCUUCGCUUCGGUCAUUGCGCUUCUAAAUAAUGCGCGACUGGUGUCAGGCAAGCCUGCACUAGGAUUCCUGAAUCCUUGGAUUUACGAAUCAGCUUACAAGGGACUCAACGACAUCGUCGAGGGUGGUUCGAGAGGAUGUACUGGUCGUAGUAUGUACUCGGGCCUGGAAACGCCGUAUGUGCCAUAUGCCUCUUGGAACGCGACUGAAGGCUGGGACCCUGUUACCGGCCAUGGCACUCCCGACUUCGAGAAGCUAUUGCGCAUUUCGCAGGGUUCAGGGCAUGUUCAGCAUUAA